UCGGUAGGCAAAGUUCCAAGUCGCGCCUAUAGAAUAGCGAAUUUACCUAUACGUAUAAAGGUAAAUACCAAACAACCCGAAACGUCACAGUGAUGCCCUGGACACUGGCCAUUAAAGCUAACCCGAACAGGCCACACCGCACUUUAAACAACUGACCGGUGGUCAGUUUAGGCGCCCCCACUUCCUUGGAAUUCCUCAACAAAUCAAUCAGGUUACGUAACUCAGGAUAUGUGAACUGUAAAUAAACAGGAUCGGUGGAUAUUCCGGUAAUGGACACGUACUGGUGACUCGGGUGUUUUCGUUGCGGCCAGUCACCCGAAAGUAGUGUUGUUGGUUUAAACGCCCAGCUAGAAACUUAUUAAAAGUGGACUUUGCCUACAGAGAACAGGAAGAUUGGUAUCAAAAGAUCUCCCAGUCCGACACUAUCCUCUCAGAACUUCGACUAAGGCGUAAUAACCAACCAUGGUGAACACACAGGAACUCAUCGCCAUCAUCGGCGGCUCCAUCGCUGGUCUCAUCGUUCUCCUCGUCCUCAUAGCUAUCAUGAUCUACUGUACAUGCGGGCGAAUGCGUGAUAGCAAAAACCGUGGGAGAAGCUUUCAGCAUUUGAAUUCAACUACAGAUGCAAGUCUUAGUAAAAAUAGCAACUUUGGUAAUGGCCUUGACCCUCACCUUGAUCCACGACUUGACCCUCGCAUUGACCCCAGAAUGGAACCACGUGUUGACCCCCGGCUUCCCAAGGUCGGGAGCGCAGGACUGUGGAUGGGAGCACCGUCUAUGUACUCGACAGGUCCGUCCGAUGCCUAUUACGUUGAUAGACCAAAGCGGGCUCCGUCUCUACAGAGAGCCACGUCAGAGCAGAGACUAGCCCAGUCGGCCAAUGGCCACAUGGUGUACCAGGGGAACAUGCAGCAGCUGUACCACAGCCAACAGGUGCCUAGUCACGUGUACCACCCAUACAACUCCAACUACGUACACGGGGGUGUACACGGGGGUGUGUACCCAUACAACUUCGGCGGACAGCGAGAUCGUUCUAUUAUAGUGGAGUACCAGGAUGAGGAGCAGUACUACCAUAAUUAUAGAAGGAACGAUGAGGACUCGGUCAGAAAGGGGUCGAAGGUCAAACGCACACACAGUGAUCUCACAGGUACCAAGAGAAAGAAGGAACGCAAACGAAGGGAAUCGCCGGCGUUUGAGAGAACAAGGAAAGAGGAAAGACCCCGAAAUGAGGAUCGAGGAAGAACUGCAUCCGUGGAGGUACAUAAUCGACAAAAGAAGGCGCCCCCUCCACCUCCCCAGGGUGGUCCUAGGUACUCUGAGGAACAAAGCAAAUCUCUAGACUUUAACGACCAGCCUCUGUCGACACAGUGCGCAACCGAUAGUGCCAAACUUCGUGCAAUGCAAGAGAAAUCCAGGGAGCACGAACUCAGCAAUAAGUGGCGGAAUCAGGACGAACUGAAACUCAACCUUCCCGUCAGUGAUGACGACGAGCGUGGCAGUGUGCACGUGCGAUCUUAUGAAUACAAAGGUGAAUUGAAAAAACCUGAAAAUAGACAUAGUUCAUCUAGCACGAAAACUGAUGGUGUCGCAAGGGCUUAUGUAAAAUCUUCCAAACAUUCACAUUCAAAUCCAGCAUUUUCAUCGGACGAAAUCGUCAGCUCCACAGCAAGGAAGGAUGCUCCGUCUCCUGGCACCAAACACCGUAAAUUGGAGAAGACUGAAAGUAACACAGAUGGAAAGCAAGUAUCUGCUGCAUUUGGUUUCCUAGACAACUAUCUGUCCGAUGAUGAUGGUGAAAGUAGGGCACAGUCACCACAGCCUUUCGUCUGAGCGUGAUGCAGUACAUUCCAGUCAACUAUACAGCGGACCAGUAUCGUGACCUUACAGAACUCGGAUUCGCUUAUGUCAAGAACCACGGAAGAGUUGCUUGCCUGCACCUGGUCCUAGAAAUCCAAAGGUGUACACAAGAUGGCUGCCAUGAAUUCCUCUACGAAAUGGUAGCCAAUUAAAGCUGGUCGUGGAUACUGUUGAUAAGGACACAAUCACAAGUCAUGGCCUUGUAUAACACUGAACAGGCUGAUUACUAACAAUUGCCAACAGAGUCUUGCCAAAUCGUUGACAAAAGGUGUGAAAUUCCACUUUACCUGAUGUUUAAAUUGUCAAAAUAUGAUUUAAGGCAAUUUGGAAUAUGUAUUGUAUAAAAAUACAAUAUUGUAAUCCAUCAUACACUCUUUUACUUUAUAUUUUCAAUAGAUUGUCAUUUAUUUCAUAUUUUACAUCUUAAAAUCUAGAUUGUCAUUCAUUUCAUAUUUUACAUCGUAAAAUCUUCCCUUUUUUAUAAAAUAUUUUAUUUAUAUUCUCAUGUAUUCUUUUAUAAGCUCGGUAUAAAAGCUUCAGAAAGAAUUCAAAGAUGGCCAAUAUUACGAUUUGUUUGUUUAUACUCUUCUACUUCAAAAACGUAUCAAUCAUGAUAUAUACGGGUAUUCCAUCAUAUUAUGUUUUCCGUUUUAUCGGCAAUACGAAAAUAUGUCUAGUUGAUAUGAUCUGCAUUUCUUUUAUCUUUAAAUGGUGU